CUAGAUUUACGACUUGUUUACUAUUUUUCCUGUGUAAACACGGACGUUUUCUCGAUGUCUUAAACGUUUAAUGAUACAAGACAAGUAGUUUCUUGUACGGUAGAUGUACAGCGACUGACAUAUGGCGAGUGUUCGUUGAUCGACUGUCAAGUUUGAUCGAGAGCUGAAUGAGUGAAUUUGUCCGGAUUUAGGAACUAUCUGAAGGGAAUUCAGAUGACGGAUAUGGCGGAGUUCCGAGGUGUUGGUAGAAGCCCUGAGGAGGAGCAACACUUCGGGGCAAAGGUAAUGGAAUCGCAAAACUACGCUGCGGCUAUGUUAUCAGGGCUUGAACGGCUUCAUCAAGAUGACCUCCUCUGUGACUUGACCCUCAAAGCGCAGGAAACUUCAGUGAGGGUGCAUAAAGUUGUCCUCGUAUCCAAUAGCGACUACUUCUACACAAUGCUCACAGGAAGUUUUCUAGAAACAGGCAAAGAUGUGAUCGAGUUGAAGGGUGUGAGUGGACGCAGCCUUGAAACUAUUGUCAGUUUCUUGUACACAGGGAAGCUUAAACUCAGCAAGGAGAAUAUCAUUGAGAUCAUUGCGGGUGCCAAUCAUAUGCAGAUAUUAGAAGCACUGGAUCUGUGUAUGAGGUUCAUUAUGGAGAAUCUUCGUCGGUCUAGUUACAUCAGGGAUCUGGAAAUAGCAGACUUUUAUUCUCUGGAAAAACUUCAGGACUACAUCUGUGAUGUUAUGGCAAAGGAAUUCAGGUUUUAUAUGACAGAAUGUGUUACAGAAUAUCUCGAGCUUCCUGUGAAAUACUUGCUAAAAAUCAUCGCACAUGACAAUUUAUGGAUUGAAUCUGAAUAUAAUCUGUUCAUGCAUGUUACCAAGUGGAUUUGUCAUGAUUUCAAAACGCGUUCCCAAUGGCUACCUCAAUUGAUGGAGAAAGUGCGCUUUCCGAUCAUGUCCCUGAAGGAAAUUCAUCAUGCGUCUAAGAAUGGCAUCAUACAGAAACACUCAAGAUGCAAAGAGUUGAUUGAAGAGGGUAAACACUAUCAUAAACCUUCUGAAGUCAUCCGGCGACCUCUUCUUGCAAAUGAGCGAACUAAAAUUCGAAAUCCUGAACUCAGUUUUAUAUUAUAUUCUCAUGAUACAGUAGAAGGCUAUGAAAUGCAUCCAUGUUUUACAAAAGGAAAGGUGACUUUGUUGGACGGGUUUGAUGACUGGGGUUCAGCUAUGCUGUGUGCACGUUCAUUUCUUUACACAUGUGGAGUAAAAUUUGAACCAGAUCCAUCAGAAGAACCAGGACCAGUCCAUGACAAUUAUAUCCCAUAUUUCCUCAGGUAUGACCCUUCCACAAAACAAUGGGUGAAUUUGGAACCAAUGUCCCAAGUCAGAUACUGGUGUGAGCUAGUGGAAUUAAAUCAUUGUAUCUAUGCCAUUGGUGGACAGGAGCAUGGUCAUCUACAUGAAGGGAUAUGUCCAAGAGCUGUUGAGGUGUACUCAGUAGCUCAGAACAUGUGGUCUGCAGUCAAGUGCUUGCCACCGCCAGCAGUCAGGGCAAAAGGACUGUGUGCGGCAGCUUGUGACAGCAAAAUAUUUGUUGCAUUCUGGGAAAGAAUGCCUGAUACACAUCCUAAAAAUCGUAUGUACAGUUACGAUAUACUGAAAGAUGAUUGGUUGGAGGUCACUGGUAUUCCUCCUCAUCAUUUCGCCCGUGGGAUGGUGGGAAUUGGUAGUUUCAUUUACAGGAUUGCCAAGAAUAAGGUCUACAUGUAUAAUCCGAGGACAAACCUCUGGACCUCAUGUACACCUGUCAGAGAGUUGAAAGACUACAAUGCUGAUCUCCAGCUAUGCUCCCACCAAGGUCAGAUGUACAUCAUUGCAAAAGAAACAAUAUCCGAUCGUACUAAUAUGCAUGACGUUUACGAUGAUUUUGAUCGCAGUGAUCGUACUGAGCGCGGUGUUGUUUGCCAUAUUGUUGCAUAUGACAUUCACGAGAACAAAACAAAAACGAUUCGUAAACUUGGCAUCAAUAAGCACCGCAUAAAGAAUCUCAAUCAUAGCUUGAUGAUGGACCUUCCGAGGUCCCUCUUUACCUUUCACUGAGUGUUUGUUAGGGACUUGGGUAAAAAAUGUUAAGUUUAAUUUGAAAUAACUUCAGGAUAAAGUCGGGAUGAUUUGAUAAAUGUUGGUAAAAUCGUCAUUUCAACGACCAGGACCAGGAGGGCACACAAUGGUUCUGGACAACACUGAUCCAAAGAGACAUGGGGAGCAACACCGUCCUGCGUCGUUACUGUGAAAUUUUACUUUGUGGGUCACUAAUCAAUUAUCAAUCAUGUCAAUAGAAAAUUGAGUUUACAGGAGUGCUGGGCCUCUAUUGAGUUGAAAAAAUACUGAAGCCAACAUUAUAGAGAAGUAAUAUUUUUAUAUCAAUAGAUACAUUCAUAUAUAUACAUGCACUAUUACUAUUCUAAAAUUUGUUAAUUGUCUUUAUUGACUACUUUCAAUUGUCAUGCCUGUAUUACUAUUAUGUAGGUCAAGGUGCUUUGAGCAGAAUGAUAAGAAGGUUUUGGUGGAGAAAACCCAUAUGACAAAUGACUGUCCUUGGACAUGUUUUAGGACAGGUCAACAAGGUCAAAUUGACUGAAACUGACGGAUUUAGGUAGGACCAAAGUCAGUGUCCUUAUUAGACUUGGUGUCCAAUUUAAAGAGGCUAUUGAGGGACGUUUAACUGUAUGCUAGCAACUUUUAGCCCCGAAGACUAUUUUGAAUUAUACAAAAGACCACACAAUAUUUUUUUCAUUUUGAACUGCAUUUAAUCUGUCUAAGACCUUCAUGUAAUAUACAUGUACUAGUCAUUGCAGAUACAUGUACAUGCCUGUCUAUCAGCGUCUGACAGACACGGCUGAUGCAUGUAAAUCACAUGUUGCAGAUAAUACUUGCUCAAUACAUCUGUACGUCUGUAAUCAUGUAUAAUUUGUCUCUUAAAUGUAGAUUAUUUAGGUUAAAAUAAAAAACAGAAUACUUGA